AUGGGCAAAGUGCCUGAACGGAGGGCCUUCAGGAAAAAUGCACGCUACCAAUCAAUAAGUUUCACGGUCGAGUACCCGGUUUCUCGGACUGGGGAAUCCAAUGCCAUACGCUAUAGUUCUCCCGGGAACUGCGUGAUGUUCCGGAUAGAACGCGACCUGGCCUUCCAGGGGCCAAGCGGAGGGCCCAACCGGAGACCGCCCCUCUGGGACACCGUGCUGCUGGUGUCGCCCAAGCCCGUGGAUUGA